GGCAGCGGCCACUGGCCGGACGGCGGACGCCCACGCGAGCAGGGACUGCACGCGCGGCGAGCAGCCGAGCAGGCAAGGCGCUGAGGUGUAUUGCAAUUUGCAAGACGCCAAGACGCAAGCCGCCGCCGGCAAGCAAGCGACAGCAAGCAACCAAGCACCUAGCGGCAGAUUGUUGAAAAUGUCCAAAAGAACAUUGCACGCAUAUUAUUCUGGUUCAAGUAGUGCAUCAACUCUAGGCACUCAACAGAGCACAAAUCAACCAAUUCGGCGUAGAGUGGAGUUUAGUCAGUCUGAUCUAGUUGGUGACCCAGGAAAUCGCAUACCAAUUGAAAAUUAUCCACAUGAAAUUAGAGACCAAGUUAGAAGGGCAUAUGCUUUGAGAGGUCCGACUCAACCUCGUAAUCUUACAUUUGUUCGUAAAUGGCAAAGUGGUCAAUGGAGAUCAUUUGUGCAAUCUUGGUUUGACGAGUUUGAUUGGCUAGAGUACAGUGAGUCCAAGGAUGCAGCUUAUUGCUUGUAUUGUUAUCUUUUCUUUGAUCCGGGGAAGCCGGAAAAAUUUGGUAGUACUGUUUUUGCAAGGGAUGGUUAUAAUAACUGGAAAAAAGCUAAGGACAAUCUUCAUCAACAUAGUACUUGCAAGACUCACACUAAUGCUGUGCUAAAGUGUGGGGACUUUAUGAACCAAAGAACAAAUGUGGCUAGAAGAAUUUAUGUAAUUAACAAGGAGGAAGAGAAAAAAUAUGAGAUUCGCUUGAACUCUUCUUUAGAUGUAGCAAGAUUUCUCAUAAUGCAAGGUGAAGCUUUUCGUGGGCAUGAUGAGUCCUCUACUUCCUACAAUAGGGGUUUCUAUAGAGAGAUGGUUGAUUGGUACAAAGAUAAAGUUGAGAUUGUUAAGGAUGCAUAUGAUAAAGGUGCAAAAAAUUGCUCAAUGAUAUCUCAUCAUAUACAGAAGGACCUUACAAAAGCUUGUGCAGAAGAAGUCAUGUCAGUGAUUAUGGAUGAGAUUGGAGAUAAAAAAUUCUCUGUAUUGAUUGAUGAGUCCCGAGAUGUAUCAGUAAAAGAACAAAUGGCUGUAAUUUUGAGGUUAGUAGAUAAGAUGACAACUCUAUUUUUUUCCUCGACUUUUAUUUGUACAUUGUACUGA